UUGCACGUGCUGUCACAUGUCUACAGAUUCAGCAACUGUGCGCAUUCGCGUAGAGCAAAAAUCCAUUUUAUCAGCAGCCACUUUUUGCAGUGGGUCGGCCAUAAGUAACGAGGAACCGGAUUCACUCGACCAAAGAUGUUCUCCUCAUUUUUCAACAAAGCCUCCUGCCAGGCGUCACAAGACACAACCUUGGCUACACCAAUUCAAGCUGAUAACUCCCAAAAAGGCUUAGUUAAAUCAUUAGUAGCUGGCAGACAAAUUGCUGCUGCAGCCAUAGCUGAAGGAGAUAGUUGUGAAUUCGGUUCUGCUCAUUAUUUUGCAUUGUGUGGUCUAGGAGGUAUUCUAUCUUGUGGUAUCACCCACACAGCUGUCGUACCACUUGAUUUAGUAAAGUGCCGUAUCCAAGUAGAUCCAGAAAAAUACAAGAGUGUUUUCACUGGAUUCAGAGUCACUCUCAAAGAAGAUGGAGCAAGAGGUCUUGCCAAAGGUUGGGCACCAACAUUCUUUGGUUACUCUGCUCAAGGUCUUUGCAAAUUCGGUCUCUAUGAAGUAUUCAAAGUUAUGUAUUCUGAUAUGAUUGGUGAAGAAAAUUCAUAUUUGUACAGGACAUGGUUGUAUUUGGGUGCAUCUGCUUCUGCUGAAUUUUUCGCUGAUAUUGCCCUUUCUCCUAUGGAGGCUGCUAAAGUAAAGAUUCAAACUACACCUGGAUUUGCAAAUACGUUGCGUGAAGCAUGGCCUAGAAUUUACAGAGAAGAGGGUCUUAAUGGUUUCUACAAAUCUUUGGUACCUCUCUGGAUGAGACAGAUCCCUUACACCAUGAUGAAAUUCGCUUGCUUUGAACGUACCGUCGAACUCCUAUACAAGUACGUCGUACCUAAACCACGUGCUGAUUGUACCAAAGGUGAACAACUGGUUGUCACUUUUGCCGCUGGUUAUAUUGCUGGUGUCUUCUGUGCUAUCGUUUCGCAUCCUGCUGAUACUGUAGUCAGUAAAUUGAAUCAAGAAAAGGGAACCACAGCUUUAGGUGCUGCAAAGAAAUUGGGCAUGGCUGGUUUGUGGAAGGGAUUGACGCCCAGGAUCGUCAUGAUUGGUACAUUGACUGCUCUGCAAUGGUUCAUUUAUGACGCAUUCAAGGUCGCUAUGAGAAUGCCACGUCCACCACCUCCAGAAAUGCCAGAAUCACUCAAGAAAAAGCUAGAAGGCAACAAUUAGUAAACCAAUUUAUUUUAAAUUAAGUCUAAUUUAUGAUUUUAAUUUUCAGAGAAAGAAUUACGCAGUAUUUCCAUUGGUUUGGCGUAAACAAGUAUUGUAUUGUUAACAUUUUAUCACCAGUGCCGCGAAUGUUUGUUUUCAUAUUUUUAAGUUAAUAAUCAUCUAGUAGCUUGUAAAUAGUUAAUUCAAUAUACACUGAUACUCCGAUUUUAAAAAACCCAUCUCGUUAUUUAUGUUGACUAGUUGACAGAGCAAUAUGCUGGUGGUCUAUUAAAAUAUGUAAUUUUGUUUCCAACAUCAACUAAUGAAGCGAAAAAUAAAUUAUACGAAAUUAAAAUGUAUUUAAAU